GAUCCCUGAAAAUAUUUCCAGGGGUAUUAUGGGGUGGUGUACCGUGGUGAGAUGAAAGACCCAUGGGGACGUGUGGAAACUGUAGCUAUCAAGACCCUUAAGGCUGCAGGACAAAUUGAGGAUCACUUGAGGGAAAUCAAUAUUAUGAAGAGAUUAGAUCACAAGAAUGUGGUGAAGUUGUGUGGCCUUUGUGAAGGAGAUGGGGAAGAGCUGUACAUGAUUAUGGAGUAUUUGAAGGAAGGGUCUCUGAAAGCUUACAUUCUUCGAUGCACUGAUCGUAUCACAGAUAGACACCUUCUCAAGUUUGCUUUGGAUAUCGCAGAGGGGAUGGACUAUCUUGAACAAAAGAGAAUCAUUCACCGUGAUCUUGCAGCUCGCAAUGUCCUUGUUGCUGAUGAAAAUACUGUCAAGAUUACUGACUUUGGUCUAGCCCAGCAACCAAACAAAGGAAAUUACUAUAUUCGCCAAACUGUUAGAGCUUUACCAUUAGGAUGGUAUGCUCUUGAGUGCAUUGAGAAUGAGCAAUAUUCGCACAAGAGUGAUGUCUGGUCUUUUGGUGUAACCUGCUGGGAGAUGUUUACUCGUGGGGCUGAGCCUGACCUUCCAGAAAAGUCUGAUGAACUUAUACAGGCCCUGAAACUUGGCAGAGACCUGCAAGCCCCCAUGCAUUCUACUCCAAAUUGAUACGUAUUUGUUGGGAUCAAGAGCCAGCUGUCCGGCCUAAUUUCUCUGACCUGAUAAUAAUUAUCAAGGAACUGCAAGAGGAGUACAUGUGAUUGCAAGUAGAGAUCUUUGGCUUAAUUGAGUUGAGUGAGUUAGUGAUUUUUUUUCUGUCCAUUCAAUUUACAGCUGUCAUAACAGACCAACAUUGGGACUACUGGUGUUAUUGACUUUUUUUCCAUAUAUUUCUUACCAGAUUACAUAGUUUUCUGCAAUUGGCAAAAUAAGAAACAGUUUAUUUCUUUUUAAUAUUAAGUCAGAAAUAUUGAAACUUAAUCUUGUAUAGUCCAUGUUGUCAGUGUUAAGAUGAUAGUUAAGAUGAAAAUUAUGUGUUGAAGUGUCAUUUACAUUUUGUAUUCUGCCAUGGAUGUUGCAGUCUCUCAGCUAUAGUAUUAUUAUUUUGUCUGAAUACUGUAGCUUGUGUUUUGUGAUACCCUCCAAAGAAUUUUAUACUGAAUGUUUAGAAGAUAGAUACACUGUACAAUAUCAGGGGGAAUGGCAGAUACUUAGUUUCUUUUGCAAUUUUGCAAUUAUGUCUUUGUAAAUUUUUAGGUUUAAAUUUGAUUUUUUAAAGAUAAAAAACAUUACCAAUAUAAGGUGCAAUGGUUUUAUAACUUUCAUAGAAUUUACUAAUUUGGUGUUAUAUUUCCUACUUAUUGUAUCUUAGAAAUGUUCUAUGGUAUUGAAGAUCUUUCCUGUGUAGAGGAUGCUGGUCAGCGGGCUUAUUUUCUUGUAAAGUACGGCUUUGUGUGUAUGCAUUAUCUCAACUCUAUUUUCAUAAAAGACAUUGCUAGAAUAUUUCUGAUACUGCAGUAACACCAUACUGCCAAAACAAAAUUAUUUUUUGCAAUUUAUGAUGAUUUUUGGGGGGAUAUGUGCUGAGGAUUUAGACUAGAGUCCUUGGAUGAGUAAAGAUGAUGGUCAGAUUAUAGUAAUCAAAUAUAUAUUUAUAAAUAGCUUUAAUUGCCUCAUGCUUUACACAGAGUGGGGAUAUAUAUGAUAGAAUGUUCAAAGGCAUAUAUGGAACACAAAUGUAUGUAUGUUAAUGUAAUAAAAUACAUUCCUACACAUGGCAUGCAAAUGCAGAUAUUGUGAUUUUAUGUUAUUGUCACUCUUAUGGUGUAAAUAUGUUUAGUAUAUUGGCUGAAGUCCGUAAAGAAGUUGUAUCUAAUUUUCUAUACAUCCUAUUAAAUAAUAUUUUGGAGUCAUGUGAAAUUCUCAUUGCAAAUAAAGUUGCAAUUUUAUAAUAUUU